UUUGAAGCUGUUUCACCUAUGGAAAAGGUUGAUGAAUAUAGCAGAAUUAGCUCAGAGAGAUUUCUACUUUUUGGCCCUGCAAAUUGUCCUUCAUGUGAGAAAGUGGAUUCUUUGACAUACCAUGCCAAAAAAGAGACAAUAACUGUUGUAAAUACUAAUGGUCGAUUCGAUUUCAACAAAUAUACAACAAAAUGUGUUAAUUGCAGUUUGGUUUGCGAACCGUUAUCCAAUCUUCAAUUGAUUUUGCAAAAUGGUUAUUGGCCUGGCAGUGUGGGAUCAUCUCUGUCAUAUAUCUUUGACCAAGAUUUAUUUCGUUUGUGGGACAUAUUUCAGAAAAGAAUGCCAGGAACAUCACAGAAAAGUUUUCUGGAGGGAUUAGAAGAAUUUUCAUUGAGCAAAGGAAGGAGUGGUAUUAUCAACCCAACUAUAUUCUCCAUUGCAUUCAAAGAGUGGAAGUAUUGUCAAUUUGAAAUAGAAUCCUUAAAGGGUAUGAAUUGGAUGGAGUGCCCUUGUUGUGAAAAAGAGCAGCAUUCAUGCCAUGUUGAUGGCAAUAUGAAACUCUAUCGUUAUAAACAUUCUGGCUUGUCACGGUCCCAGUGCUAUUAUGGAAAUGUUUUUAUUGCAGACAACGAUGAUGUUAAAAAACAUCUGCAACAAUUGUAUCAAGGAGAUCUGGUGAUUUGGGGAGGCAGAUGGCAACAAGGGGCUGCAUGUGCCACUGGAGAGGAAGUAGAGCAAAUCAACUCCUAUUUUUCCAGGCUUGGUAAUACUACAAAAUAUAUGCUGCCAGAAGGUGAGCACAUGGUCAUGGAUGUAUGA